AUGCCCUACCAGGAGGAACAAAAUUAUGAGACCUACCAGGAGACAGCGGAUUGGCUGCUAUCGAGGACUAAAUAUCGACCGAAGGUGGCAAUAAUCUGUGGCUCCGGACUCGGGAUGCUCGUCGAGGCACUUGCAAACCAGGAGAUCUUUAAAUACACCGAUGUUCCCAACUUCCCACAAAGCACAGUGCAGGGACAUACUGGUCAACUGGUAUUUGGAGAGCUGAAGGGAAAGGCAUGCGUCUGCAUGCAAGGGCGUUUCCAUAUGUUCGAGGGAUACCCACUCGUAAAGGUGACUUUCCCUGUCCGGGUAUUCCACUUGCUGGGCGUUGAAGUCCUGAUCGUGACCAAUGCCGCAGGAUCAAUUGCUGAUGGUUACAACACAGGAGAUAUCAUGAUCAUUAAGGAUCACAUUAAUCUGCCAGGUCUUGCUGGGCAGCAUCCCCUCCGUGGACCCAAUGAUGAACGGUUUGGACCCCGCUUUCCCUGUAUGUCUGAUGUAUAUGACCGGGCCCUGGGUAAACUGGCUCUGGGUAUAAGCAGGGAGCUGGAUUUCUCUAAUUAUACACAUGAAGGCGUCUACUGCAUGGUCGGAGGUCCCAGCUUUGAGACGAUUGCUGAAGCUCGUCUUCUUCACAAACUCGGAGUUGAUGCUGUGGGAAUGAGUACAGUUCCUGAGGUCACCGUCGCUAGGCACUGUGGCUUGCAGGUCUUCGGACUUUCACUGAUCACCAAUAAAGUGACGAUGGAGUACGACAGCAAUGAGGUGGUGGACCACGAAGCUGUCCUGAGUAUUGGCAAGAAGAGGGCAAGGUUGUUACAAAGCCUUGUAACCGAGCUGGUGGCGCGUAUGGAACUCAACCCGACUGCUAAUGUACAGGUGAAGAAAUGAAAUGGAUCCCAGGGCCAACAAGAAAGUAAAGGCCCCUUAAUUUUUGGAACAGAAUUUUGAAGCAUAUGUAACUGUUAAUCUGUAUCACUCUGGU